CCGCCCUCUGUACCGGAGCAGCAAGCAGCAAAACAAACCUGCUUCGGAAGUAACUACGGUAGAGCUUCGAGUUCAAAAUACUGUCAACGGAUCAACAACAAAAACAAGCAGCGCGAUCUGCUCACCCUUGUCAUUGUAUUUUGGAGUCAGGGCUGUGGGACAACCCCAGCCCUGACCCACGAGGCCGCAGGUUAAGAGAUCAAUUCCUGGAUGCUGUACAUCCAUAGCCAUCGGGGGACUAGGAUCAAAACCUGACAGGAGGCCCACCAUCAUUGUGCUCCUAUUGGACCUCCAGAUCAAAACUGAAGGUGUGAGAGUGUGAGGAGAGGUGAGAUGGAGUCAGAGGAGACAGAAGGACGCACUUUAGUGCAGGUGAUCAGUGAGAAGUACAGCCCGGAAAACUUCCCAUACUGCCGUGGGCCAGGAGUUGGAGUGGUGAUCCGGUCGAGUCCCCAGGGUUCUCCUGUCAAAGAUCGUCUAAAUCUGCCCAGCAUCCUGGUUCUGGAUAGUUGUGGAAUCACAGAGGCCGGAGAUGACGAGGAGGUGGCCACUUUCUGUGCUCACGUGGUUGAGUUAGACCUCUCUUACAACCAGUUAAAAGACUGGGGAGAGAUAAGUAAGAUCGUGUCUAACAUCCCUAACCUAGACUUUCUCAAUCUGAGUAUGAAUCCACUGAGAGGGUUGAGCCUAGAGCCUGGAGCUGCUGAAGCAUUCUCAGGCCUCCGCCGCCUUGUGCUCAAUAACACGCAUGUCACCUGGGACGUGGUGCACACACUUACACGAGAGAUCCUAGAGCUGGAGCAAUUGUUUUUGUGUCUAAACGAGUAUGAGAGUGUGAGUGUACCAUCUAUACCGUGCCCGUCCCUGCGCCUGCUGCAUAUCACAGAUAACCACCUGCAGGAUUGGGCGGAGGUUCGUAAGUUGGGCCUUAUAUAUCCAGGCCUGGCGUCUCUCAUUCUGGCAAACAACUCCCUCUCGUCUAUCCACGAGCCUGAGGACUCUCUACAGAGACUCUUCCCCAACCUGCGCAGCAUCAACCUACACAACUCAGGUCUAUGCUGCUGGGAGGACAUUGAGAAAUUGAAUUCCUUUCCAAAGCUUCAAGAGGUCAGAUUGAUGGGUAUUCCUUUACUGCAGCCCUACAGCGAUCAGGAGAGACGUUAUCUUAUGGUAGCACAGUUGCCUCGUGUGACUGUAUUGAACGGCAGUGUUGUCACUAAUGGAGAAAGAGAGGAUGCAGAACGCUUCUUCAUCCGCUACCACCUGGACUGCCCUGAGGAUGAGCUGCCCCAGAGGCUACCACCCCCACUUGCAGAGGUGGAUUUGCGCCCUCUCUGUCAUGUCCAGGUAGAGGUGCGUUUUGGGGACCAGACAGAGCCCCUAGAGCUCAGAUUGGAUCAGACAGUGGCAGACCUAAAGAAGCACUUGAGAGCCAUGGUCCAGCUACCCCCCAAAAUGAUACGUGUGUACUAUAUCGACCGGCAGCUUGGCUACUCACUAGAGCCUCAGGAAAUGAAAUAUGGAGCACGAGCACUUCAUUCCUACAGUAUACGAGACGGAGAUGAAAUCUUGGUGGUGCCCAAGACACAGUGACAGAAAAGAGAGCAACAACUGAGCACUCUUUGGAAAAAUGACUGGUUGAGUUGUUUCCAGAAUUACUGGAAUACCUUACCUUAACAAUCUUCCAAUACAGCCAAUGUGAAUGCUGUCAACAGUGCAAAGAUCAGCAUGCUUUAUGAAGAGAACAGAGAAAAACUGCCAAUCUGGUUUUACAAAAUCUUAAGUCCUAUUUAAAAAUGGUCCCUAAAAACAGAUGUUGGAUCAGAAUUUUAAAAAAACGCUUUAAACUUUCACUGCUCUGUGGACGUAUGUAUACAAGAAAAAAUGUAUGAACUUUUUAUUGUGUGUGUUUAUGAGAAUUACCCCCAACUGCAUACAUGCCUCUACUCUAAAGAAUAUUUGACCAUUUAUCAAAGGUUCAGAAUGGAAUAUUUGGCCACCUAGCAGCUGAGGUGUAAAAUUCCAAGUUACUUGCAAAGGAAAAUUAUUCUGGUAAUUAUGUGAUUUGGGCUUUGGCUUAGCUCUUCAGCAUGGAUGAAUAUGAUAGUUUGAGGCAUACCGGUGUAACCAUGCUUUUGUAAGAGCAAACGUCAUUAGCAAUGUCAAAACUCGCCCCCUCCUAAAAAGAAGAAGUUAGAAGACAAAUAUCCAUUAAUAAUGUCUUUUGAGAAGGUAAUAGUCUUCCACUUUAGUGGAAAGUGAUUGCUUAUAUGGUUUAAUUUUUGAAUUAAUUGUAUUUAUAAUGUUCCUCAGUAGUUAUGGCUACAAGCUAUCAGAAGCACACAUCAUAUAUGCACUGUAAUAGCCAAACAUUUUUCUCCUUAUUUACUGACAUCACGUAGCCACACAAAGAGGAAUUAUAAGAGGGUGGCAUUUCCUGCAAAAUCGAAAAGUUCAAAUGAUAAAUUGUUAUAAACUUAAAUCAGGGUAAGGAAAUUUUUCACCAAAAUCUUAUGUACUGCAGCUUUAAGAUAUAUAUAUAUAUAUAUAUAUAAAAUCCAAUAAAAAUGUAGAUGCAGAUUGCGAAUGCUAAGAGAAGGGGAGACAGACAUUUUAGGUCUUUUCUCUGCCACUUCUUUGGUUCUUGAAUUACAACAGGGUCACCUACAACCCUGAAGCCCUCUAAGGUUUACACACUUUAAAUUCAAAAACGCAGCUCCCCCUAUUGUGGCCACAGACCGACUGCAAUCCCCUAGUCUCCUCUUUCCAUAGUGGAAAGAGUCCUUGGAAUAUGUAGGUGCCAUACUCUCAUUGAUGUUUAAGACAGAUCAUGUGCUGUUAGGUUAUGAAAUUGCAUUUGAUUAUUAUCACACCCAUGUUACAGAAAAGGAAACCCAAGGGGACCAAUAAUAAUGAGAAUUAAGCCAUAUUUAAUUUCAUUUUUUAUUGAGUAUAUAUGCUUUUUGUGGGCUUAUUAUUUAAAAAAUGGAAAUGGCACACUGAUUAAUUUUGACUUUGACUUUUAUUUUGAACUUUUUUGUUUUUUCUUUUAAAUCUUGACAUUACAAGUUUAAAGUAAGUUGAAGAUAUUUCUGUUGUCAUUUGUUGAGCAUGAAAUAUUAAGGGAAGCCAUACACAAGUAACCUCAUUGUGCCUAUUUUAUAGCUUUCAAAUGACUGUCAGUGCAUUCAGUAAGUACCUGUUCCCUUACCAAAGAGAAUUGUUUGAUGAACUUAGACCAUGCCCUUUGUUAAUAUCAAACUAAAUGACAACUAUAAUGUGUUGCACAGAUGUGGACUAAUUUUAACAUUCAGUCUUUUGGACUUGUUUUUUUAACCACAGUCAGCACAUACUAGUCUAUACAUUUCAGGAAUUGGAUUACUAGGGCUUGUCCUGUUCAUUCCCAUACCAUUUCCGUGUUCCUGUGGCGCAGUGGCUCAGUGGCAAAAGGUUGUGGGUUUGAUUCCCAGGGAACACACAUACUGGUAAAAAAAAAAAAAAUGUAUAGCCUGAAUGCACUGUAAGUCACUUUGUUAUUUAUGCAUUUAAAAGCAUCUGCUAAAUGCAUAAAUGUAAAUGUACCAUUUCCCAGCAGAAUGGCUCUAAUGUUGGAGUGACAAAUAUAGUAUAGACUCCCUCUCUAGUUACCAAGCUGUCCCUAUGCAACCCUAUCCCAGUGGAGGGUGUAAACAGGGAGCUCAGAAUCCAUUGGAGGUUCAGAUAAGCUAAAGUUGUUAUAUAUAUUAGCAUUACUGCAUGGAUGUUGUUGGAUAUUUAGACAGCUUUGUUUCAGUGUAUCCACAUAUGUCACACUGAUGAUCUGUUGUUGUCUUAUCACAGAGUCCAGCUUCUGUUUGCUCUCUUAUCUGAUGCUGUUAUGCUUAAAAGUCCCAUCACUGUUUUAGUUGUGUCCUAUAACUGGAAAUUGAGCUUGACUGUCAUAUUUUUGUCCAAAUCCUUUGAUUAUACCAUAUUGUUGCCACGUUCAUGUAAUCACUCACCGUGUAAAUUUACUUAAUAAUGCUUGCUAAUGUCCUACAAUGUUUGCUUUCAUUCUCAUCUGCGAACCAUAGUGUGUUCGCUUCCAGCUUUCUCUCAUCUUUCAACAGUGCCUGUGUCCCUACAAGUUUCUCAUUGCUCAUAUUUGUUCUUAUUGUGUUCUGGUUGUGGUGAUGACACUUGAUCCUCUCUGUUCUGCUCCCAAAGGACAUCUGGCCUCUAACGGCAAAAUGUUGUUAACAGAGCAGGUGCUGACAUAUUUACCUAUUGCUGGGUCUGUAUAAUGGUGUUUUCAGAGUGUAAAGAGGGCCGUUGGCUUGUACCAUGGAUACUAAUUCAGUGUUAAUGGUUAUAUGAACACGGAAAUAGAAUAUUGUUGUAAAAGUGUGAUUUGUGUUACGAGUAAUUGUAUUUUACCAUUAUGUGAAAUUCUGUUGAAUGCCAUACUGAAAAAAUGUAAAAAAAAAAAAAAAUAAAAAUAAAUAAAUAAAUAGCA